GCCUGGUGUAUAAACGUUCUAGUGGCGCAGUGAAAUUUAGUGUGUUUGGGCAGCAGGAUGAGCAGUCGUAACAAUCGCAUCGUGUCCGCCACCGAGCAGGUGCAGACCCCGUUCAAGCUGUGGGGUGGCCGUUACACCAAAGCCACCGAUCACGUCUUGUCGAAGGUGAACAAUUCGCUCACGGUGGACAAGCGACUCUACUCGGAAGACAUCGAUGGGAGUAUCGCGUACGCGAAGAGCCUGGCCGAGGCGGGCCUGCUCACGCAGAGCGAGUUUAAGGUGAUCGUGUACGGGCUGGACGCGAUACGGGAUGAGUGGAGCAAGGGUACGAUCAAGCUGUUGCCGCGCGACGAAGACGUCCACACGGUGAACGAGCGCCGGUUGUUCGAGAUUAUUGGACCACAGAUCGCGGGCAAGCUACACACAGGGCGCAGCCGCAACGAGCAGGUCGUCGUGGACAUGAAACUGUGGAUGCGAAAUGCCAUUGCCGAUCUGCAGCGGCUGCUGCUGGAGCUGGUGCGCGCCAUCAACGAUGUAGCCGAGCGUCACAUUGAGGUGCUGAUGCCGGGCUACACACACAUGCAGCGGGCCCAACCGGUCCGUUUCAGCCACUGGUUGCUGAGCUACGCGUUCUACUUCAAGGAAGAUUUCGACCGAUUCGAAGAGUUUGGCCGGCGCAUGAACGUGUUACCGUUGGGCAGCGGUGCACUGGCGGGCAAUCCGUUCAACAUCAACCGCCACAAGCUGGCGGUCGAUCUCGGGUUCGAUGGUGUGUCACACAACAGCAUGAACGUGGUGAGCGAUCGGGACUUUGUGGUGGAGUUCAACUUCCUGUGCACGCUGGUGGCAGUGCAUAUGAGCCGGAUGGCGGAGGACCUGAUCCUCUACUCGACCAAGGAGUACAACUUUAUCGAGCUGUCGGAGGAGUACACGACGGGCAGCAGCCUGAUGCCGCAGAAGCGCAACCCGGACAGCUUGGAGCUGAUACGCGGCAUUACGGGACCGGUGUUCGGCCAGCACUGUGCCAUCCUGAUGACGCUGAAGGGCUUACCGUCGACGUACAACAAGGAUCUGCAGUGUGACAAGAGCGGGAUGUUCGGGGUGUACGAUCAGAUGCAGAUGUGUCUGUUGCUGAUCGGUGGUAUCAUCCAAACGAUGCGCGUCGAUGAGGAUCGGUGUCUCAGCUCGCUCGGCUACGAGAUGCUCGCCACGGACAUGGCUUACUACCUCGUGCGCCGUGGCAUUCCAUUCCGGGAGGCCCAUCACAUCUCCGGCGAAGUCGUCGCCCACUCGGAAAAGGUAAAGAUCCCGAUCAACAAGCUAACGCUGGAGGAUCUGCAGGAGAUCAGUCCACACUUUGACGAAACGAUCAGCCGGAUCUGGAACUACGAGAACAGUGUGGAGCAGUACACGGUGGUCGGUGGGACAUCGCGCCUAUCAGUGCAGGAACAGAUCCGUGUGUUGCGUGCAUUCGUCGAUGGGCAUGUACAGUAGCGGUACCGUUUUGUGUGGUCAUUUUUUUAGUGUGUCCGUGUCUGAAGCGGUAAUGUUUUACUGUACGGAAUGGAACUCGUGAAACGCUCCUAUGGUGCUUUAUUCACCCUUUUAUCCUUAGUGAACGAUGUAGUGAAUAGGUCGUCGAUAAUAGCUAUACAUUUUUAUAUAUACAUACAUAACGAAAGUAGGCUACUUACUAUUAGUGAAUGUUCACAGUGCAUUUGAUGAGUGAACGCAGUUUUGUACACGGUGGAGCACCCACGCGUCACGGGUGGUGAGCUAGCUAGCGGCUCCAAGAUAACAGCUCAGUUAUCUAUUAAAUACAAAUAAAGCUGUGUACUUA